CUGCGCAUCAGACAGCAGUGUAGUUCGCAUUCGUCCAUCGGCAGAGCAUCGUCUGCAAAGUGUCCCCAUAAAUAUCUAAGAAGCAACUGGUGCCCACGAAAACGUUCGGUUAAUUUGCAUUCGAAGCGCAUCGAGCUCAUCCCCUGGAGAAGCAGCAGUAGCCAUGCGAGUGCAGCUUUUCGGUGUCAUCGCCGCGGCAAUCGUGGCCGUUUCUUUGGUCCAAGAUGUUGGAGCAGAGCCGCCGGUAAACAACGCCUACUUGCCACCUAGUGGGCCUCAACGUCCCUCAUCCAAGUAUGGUGCCCCACCAGCCAGCUCAUAUUUGCCCCCUGCUUCUGGUCCAGCGCCAUCGUUCAACUCCGGCCCGUCCAGCAGUUAUGCAGGCUCCAUCGUUGAGUGCUUCUUCGGGUGGCCCAUAUCCUGCGCCUGCUCCACGCCCUUCCAGCUCUUAUGGACCACCUGCCUCCCGUCCUUCUUCUAGCUACGGACCACCACCUAGCCGUCCGAGCCAGUCGUAUGGACCACCACCACAGGCCAAGAAGCCCCACCAAUCGUCGCCCGUCCACCAGCUAUGGAGCCCCGAGACCCGCUCCGCCAUCGCAGAGCUAUGGUGCCCCGCCAUCUUCUAGCUAUGGACCGCCGAAGUCUUCGCCUCCAUCCCAGAGUUAUGGUGCACCUGCUCCUCCUUCCAGCAAAUACGGACCACCCAAGUCGGCGCCCUCUUCGAGCUACGGAGCCCCGAGACCAGCACCGCCUUCUUCAUCGUAUGGCGCCCCCGCCCCACCAUCAUCGUCUUAUGGAGCACCUGCUCCACCAUCAUCAUCGUAUGGAGCACCGGCCCCACCUUCCCCAUCUUAUGGAGCACCUGCACCACCAUCGAAGUCUUACGGAGCACCUGCUCCUCCAUCUUCUUCUUAUGGAGCUCCAGCUGCUCCAUCGAAGUCCUAUGGUGCCCCAGCCCCACCAUCGUCAUCCUAUGGAGCUCCUGCACCUCCAUCGUCAUCCUAUGGAGCUCCUGCACCUCCAUCGAAAUCUUAUGGAGCUCCCGCACCACCAUCUUCCUCCUACGGAGCCCCAGCACCACCAUCGAAGUCUUAUGGAGCUCCUGCACCUCCAUCUUCCUCAUAUGGAGCACCUUCUGCCCCCUCUUCGUCAUAUGGACCACCAAAAUCCGCUCCAGCUCCACCCUCCUCCAGCUAUGGAGCACCUCCUCAGGCACCUCCAAGCUCCUACUUGCCACCAGCCUCUCGUCCUUCGAAGCCUUCUCCUAACUACGGAGCACCCAGUGUGAGCAGCUUUGUGCCCUUGGCCUCCGCGCCAUCGACAAACUAUGGAGCACCAUCGAAGACCCAGAGUCUCGGCAGCAGUGGUUACACAUCCGGUCCUUCUUCAUCUUAUGACGCACCUGCAGCACCGCCAUCGUCUUCCUACGGAGCUCCCUCCUCUUCGUUCCAGCCCAUCUCCCCGCCAUCGUCCAGUUAUGGAGCUCCCAGCAGCGGAUCAAGCUCAAGCAGCGGAAGCUUCUCGGCAGCUCCUUCAUUCGGUGCCCCAAGCAAGGGUUCCUUCCACUCGUCUCCAUCUAGCUCCUACUCGGCUCCCAGUCCCAGCGCCAACAUCGGUGGAUCGUAUCCCUCGGCACCUUCAUCAUCUUACUCUGCCCCCAGUUCGAGCUCAAACAGUGGUGGACCCUAUGCCUCGGCUCCGUCUUCCUCCUACUCGGCUCCGAGUUCAGGAUCUAGCAGUGGCGGACCUUACCCCGCUGCUCCAUCGUCCUCGUACUCCGCUCCCAGUGCCUCUGCCAACAGUGGAGGAUCCUAUCCUUCGGCUCCCUCCUCUUCUUACUCGGCACCUAGCUCAGGAUCAAACAGUGGUGGACCUUACCCUGCCGCUCCUUCAUCCUCGUACUCAGCACCAAGCUCUUCAGCCAACAGUGGAGGACCAUAUCCUUCAGCUCCUUCGUCUUCGUACUCCGCACCUAGCUCCAGCUCCAGCUCCGGUGGGCCAUAUCCUGCCGCUCCUUCAUCUUCAUACUCGGCUCCAUCAUCGAGCUCAAACAGCGGUGGACCUUAUCCAUCGGCUCCCUCUUCCUCGUACUCCGCACCUAGCUCAAAUUCGAACAGUGGAGGACCGUACCCAUCGGCGCCUUCUUCGUCGUACUCUGCACCCAGCUCGAGUUCCAACAGUGGAGGACCUUACCCUGCGGCACCAUCAAAUUCCUACUCGGCACCACCCUCUCCCCCAUCUUCGUCUUACGGAGCACCGGCAUCAGGAUCCUCUCCUUCGUUCAGUGCUCCUUCCUCUUCCUAUGGAGCACCCUCCACUGGAUCCGGUUCCAGCUCAUUCUCGUCCAGCCAUCAGUCAUCUUCGUCCUCCUUCAGUGCAUCCUCAUCGGGCAGCUACCCUUCAGCUCCGUCCAGCUCCUAUGGGGCUCCAUCGGCAGGAUCCUCUCUGAACUUCCCCAGCGGUCCCUCGUCCAGCUACAGUGCUCCCCCCACCGGUGGAUCCUCCAACUCCGGACCGUAUCCCAGUGCUCCGUCCCAGGACUCCGGCUAUGAGUACAAUGGACCCAGCCAGGUGCCCGAGACCAUUCAACAGAGCUACAGUGCCGACGGUGGCUACACCUACCGCAAGAAGUAAGGAGUAACCAACCACUGCAUCGCGCAUACGCCACGUGCCUUUGAAUACUCAAACAAGAACAACACCACCACCACAUCAUGUCAUCGCAGUCGCCAUUCACUCGCAAUUGUAAAUUAUUCCCAAAAAAUGACAACCAAUUCGCCCAUAAUCUUUCUUCCCCAUGGAAAUCUAGCCGUAAUUCAUUGUACCAUUAGAUAUAAAACACGAAACGUUUGUUAAAUAAACAACUUGAUGAAGAUCAUA